AAGCCGCCCCGGCGGUAAAAGUUGCGAUAUUUUCUGGGUCACUGUGCAGCCGGGAUGCGCCUAGACUAGUCCGGACCGACGCCCCCCCAACCUGCGCUUGGGACGAGCACGCUCGGCGCGCAAACAUGAUACCACAUGCCUCUGCUGUGGCUUUGUUCGUCUGCCUCUUGGUCGCCGCCGGGGCAGAGCCACAGCAUGACGACGGCGAAGCAAGGAGAGAAGACGAUGUGACGGUACGGCUGGCACGCUUCGUCGAAAGCUUGUACGAAGAUCUAGAAGAAGCAGCCCAAACAAAUGUGGCCAGGCCUUUCCCAUCACACGAGGCUUUUCACGAGUUUCACAAUCAACCAGUUCGACCUUUCCAGCAAGGAAGACCACCAGGGGGCGGAGGGGCUGCGUCGCCUCCACCAACGAGGCCGGCGCCUGGAUCACCUGGUCAACCGGUGGCCCCUCCUGGUCCGACUACACCUCCACGGAGGCCACCAGGAACUGCUUUGUUCGGGGAACCGUUCGAGCCUCCAAAGGGGCCUCAGAAACCUCCUGCGCCAUCCCGAGGAACAGGAGGGUAUGGAAGACCUGAGGGACCGCUUCUUCCGCCCAGUAACGUGCUCGAGCCAGAAAUUGUUGGUCCCGUGCUAGAGUAUGAACCACCUGACCUACCUCAAAGGCCACCAGUAUUCAGCGGCUAUCCUAUCAACACUAUUGACUUGCCACCAGCUCCUCCGCGGCAGCCACCCAGACCAAGGCCUUCACCACCACCUGCAGCGCCUCCACCGCCGAAAUUUGUUGGUGUUCUCAUUCCCGCGGAUAAGACACCAGUCUUGCCAGCACCUCCUUUUCCAGCACCAGGACCACCCGCGCCUAGGCCGCCUAUUUCACGGCCUCCCGCUCCAAGACCACCGGCUCCAAGACCCCCAGCUCCACGGCCACCGGCUCCCAGACCACCAGCACCCAGCAUAAGCCGUGUUCCUCCAGCGCCCCCUCCACCUUUUGCUAGGCCGCCGUCAGGAGUGGGCGGUAUUUCAUUCGAUGUGCAAACUGGAGUCGCGAAGCCCCGCCCAGGGCAACCACCUGUAACUCCUGGUCCCCCAGGGGAUGGUUUUGGAUAUGCGCCACCAAGGCGCCCUCCUCCAUCUCCUCCGCGACCUGGCAUCGGCCCUUUGCCCCAGCCGCCUAGGUUUCCGACAGGCCCUCAACCUGGUCCUGCACCUCCUAGACCUCCGUCCUUGCCACGCCCCCAGGCACCAUCCCCGUUCCCUGUUCCCAGACCUCCUGGUCCUACACCCUCCCCUCCUCGCGGUGUCGCCCUGUUUCCUGAAGGAAGGCCUCCACCUGCAGCUCCUCAGCCUCCUAGGCCAGGUGGCUUUCCAAUUCCGGGGACUCCACAGCCACCAGCGCCUCCUCGAUUGCCGGCACCAUCGCCACCACCAGGCUUCUUCCAACCAGGCGUAGGUCCCACGGCGCCGGGGCCUCCCAGACCGACACCCGGUAUUCCUGCUCCCCCUGGAACAGCCAGACCGCCAUCACCACCACGCGGACCAGUCACUGGUGGACGGAAGCCUUCUGACAUACCACAUCACAAGUUCCACGAAUUCCUUGUCACAGGACCCAAAGCACCAAGACCCGGAGGCGCGCUGUUCCCUGGAGCGGGCGUGCCAGGACAGAGGCCACCAGGACAGCAGCCAAGACCACCUUCACCAACACCAGGAGGGCCAUUCAUCCCUCCAUCUCCACCAACCUUUCCCAUACCAGCACCACCAAGACCGGGCGCUCCUCCACCAGGACCUCCUCCUCCAAGACCUCCUCCUCCAGGGCCUGGCCGUCCACUGAGGCCACCGUCACCACCAGGCUUCCCUACCCCAGUUCCUCCUAGACCGGCUCCUCCUUCACCGGGGCCGGGGCGCCCACCAUCUCCUCCAAGUUACCCCAUACCAGCACCACCCAGACCGGGAGGUCCUCCACUGGGACCACCACUGGGUCCACCUCCACCAGGACCAGGUCGUCCACUGAGGCCACCGUCCCCGCCAGGAUUCCCUUCGCCCGCACCACCACGACCAAGCGGCCCGCCAUCGGGGCCUGGACGCCCGCCACGGCCACCGAGGCCACCUCCAAGCUAUCAGCCACCAAGACCAAGCGGUCCUCCAUUCGGGCCACCACCACCAGGUCCGCCGCCACCAGGGCCUCCGCCACCAGGGCCCGGUCGUCCCCUAAGGCCACCAUCACCGCCAAGUUUCCCAAUACCCGCUCCGCCAAGGCCAGGAGCUCCACCGUCAGGGCCCGGUCGCCCACCAAGGCCACCGACACCACCAGGAUUUCUUUCACCACCAUCACCACCUAGGGGACCCCCACCACCACCUCGUCAACCUCCUCCAGCUGGUCCACCGCCCUCCCCUCCAGAAUUUCCGGAAACCCCUGGCUACCCCUCAAGACCAGCGCGUCCGCGUCCAAGCCCACCGCCGGGAAUAGCACUUUAUCCAGAGGGAAGGCUGCCUGAGAGGCCACCGCCAGGUCCUGGAAGGUUUCCUGCUCCACCAACGCCUGGUAGGAGGCCAUCGCCAGCGGGACCAGGAGCAUUCCCCACACCACCCGGUAUAUAUCCAAUUCCUGGAGGUGUCCCGAGACCUACACCAAGGCCGGUACCGUCGCCAGCUCCCCCACGGCCUCCUUCCUUCCCAACACCAGGGCCUGGACCAUUCCCAGCUAUUCCAAGUGGCCCUCCGAGGCAACCACCAACGCAACCACCUCGCCAACCCCGACCCCCAGCAUUUCAACCAGGACCGUUUCCAGGGCCACCAACAGACGAGGAUGAAUUUCCAGAUACCCCUGGAUAUCCCUCAAAACCAUCAAGGAAACGACCGCCUCCUCCACCGUCUAGGGGGACAGCCAUAUUCGGCGAGCCUGGUAUACCCUCUCCCCCACGAAGACCACCAUCUCCACCUUCGCCACGGCCUCCCUCACCGCCAUUUGGGCCGAUAACACCAAGACCAACACCUCCAAGUCCAGCUAUACCACAGCCACGACCACGACCAGGGCCCCCUGCACCAGUGCCAGGGCCUUUCCCACCGCGACCACAGCCACCACCUGGUCAACCUGGAAUUCCGGGAAUUCCGCCCCAGAUACCAAGGCCGCCAUCACCACCGCGAGUACCUGGACCACCAGUUCCACGUCCACCAUCACCUCCUCAACCUGGUGGAAGACCAAAACCGUCUGUUCAUGACAUCCCACAUCACAAAUUCCAUGAAUUUUUAGCUCAACCAGUCAAACCUGGUUCUGGAGCAGGGCAGGUUCCUGGUAUUGGUGGUUACCCUUCACGACCACCCAGGCCUCGACCCCCACCUCCAUCGGCAGGAGCCGCAGUGUUUCCACAAGGACCGCCACCACGACCACCCUCGCCUCCACUUCGCCCUCCAGGACCUCCGGCACCACAAGCUCCACCGCCACAGAGAUUUCCAGGACCCCCUCCUCCACGACCAUCACCUCCACCACAAAGGCCUCCACAGCCACCAUUCCCUCCUGGUCCGCAGGGCCGACCUCCAACACCCUUUCCCCCACCACCCCAAAGGCCACAACCACCGUUUCCUUCCCCACCAGCACCACAAAGGCCACCACCUGGCGAAGAUCUGUUUCCUGAAACUCCAUCCUACGGUGGUAGACCUGCAAGACCGAGACCAAGGCCUUCCCCUCCCACCGUAGGCCCAACACCAAGGCCUCCAACGCCACCCCGACCUCCUCCUCCAAUUUCUCCAGCACCACCGCCAGCUCAAAGGCCACAGGUACCCGGACCCCAACAACCACCAAGAUUCCCACAACCUGGCCAGCCGCCACAGCAGUUUCCAAGUCCGAGGCCUCCAACUGCCCCCUUUCCUCCCUCACCCAGGCCUCCAGUAGCACCGCCACCACCACCGGCACCACGUCCACCACCACAACCUCGACCCACUCCUGGUCCACGACCUGCCCCCCCUCCACCAGGACCGAGACCAUAUCCGGGCCCUCCGCCUAUACGACCAACCCCAGCCCCACAACCCAGACCUUUCCCUGGUCCGUCUCCUGUGCAACCGUUUCCAGGACCACCUCCCCCAGUAGCACCGACUCCAGGGCCACCCUUCGCACCAAGACCACCACCAGGUCCACGGCCUGUUCCAGCACCAACUCCGUUGCCGUCACCAAGGCCACCUCCAAGUCCAGCGUUCCCACGACCUCAAGUACCUACAGGACCUGGACGAGUUCCUCCGCCCGUGGCACCACCACCAGCUGGGCCCGGUGCUGGUGACUUCCCUGAAGCGCCUGGUUAUGGGGCGAGACGCCCACGUCCAAGGCCACCACCAGGGGUAGCUUUGUAUCCUGAAGGCGUUACGCCCCCUCGACCACCUCCAGGCCCAGGUUUCCGCCCUGCACCUCCACCACAAGGUCCGCAGCCUCGGCCACCAACACCCACUGGUCAGCCACCCUUCCUGAUACCAGGGACUCCUCCGAGACCGCCAGCACCUCCAAGACAACCACCUCCUCCACCACCUUCAAGACCGGGUACACCACCCCCACCACCUUUCGCACCACCAACUCCAGGUCAGUUCCCUCAGCCCAGGCCACCCUCACCACCAGGACCAUCGCGGCCAUCUCAACCAGGGCGUCCAGGAGGCCAGAGACCUUCUGUCUUUGACAUACCCCAUUCAAAAUUCCACGAAUUUCAUCAACAACCUGUUCGACCACAAGUAGGAGGUAGACCCCGCCCUGGGCCUUCACCUCCAACUCCUGGAGUUGCUUUAUAUCCUGAACCUGGACCAGCAAGGCCAACAGGACCCCCAAGAGUUCCAUUGCCACCAACGCCUGCACAACCUUUCCCAUCUCCGAGACCUCCAGGACCGCCAGGACAACCAAGACCUCCUCUUCGUCCUACACCAGCACCCAGACCACCAGCAUACGUACCUCCAGCACAACCACGUCCUCCGCAGUUCCCACAACCCCCUGGAUCUGUGCCCACACCUCCUGGUCCAGUACCGAGACCACCAGGACCACCACGGCCUUCUCCACCAACAAGGCCUCCUUCACCGAGGCCGCCUGCAUACCUACCACCACAACCAUCUCCAGUGCCAAGACCUCCUUCACCUGUGCCCCCUACACCACGGCCACCUGCACCACAGCGACCAGUGCCUUCACCUCGGCCACCAGCAUAUCUACCACCUCAACCAGCUCCUGUACCAAGACCCCCGUCACCUGCCCCCCCUUCACCCCGCCCACCUCAACUACCACGACCAACGCCAGUACCAAGACCUCCAUCACCUCUGCCUCCUGCACCACGGCCACCUCCACCACCACGACCAACGCCAGUGCCAAGACCUCCAUCACCUCUGCCUCCUGCACCACGGCCACCUCCACCACCACGGCCAGCUCCAACUCCUAGGCCACCAGCUUAUGUUCCACCUGGCCCAACCAGCCCAAGGCCACAGCCACCAUCUCCAAGGCCGCCUCCCGGACCUCCACAAUUUCCAAGGCCCACUCCUGUGCCAUCCCCUCCAAGACCUCCAGCUCCUACAGGACCACCGCGCAUACCGCCUCCUUCUCCACCGUCUCCAGGAUUUGUGACACCGCCCCCCUACAGGCCAUCUCGCCCAGUGUCACCACAAAUACCACAAGGUCCUGGAGGUACAGGAGUUCCACCGAGUUUUCCAGCACCGCCACCGACUAUACCACGACCAAGUCCAAGGCCACCACAGCCAUCACCACGUCCUCGGCCACCAGUAACACCGACCAUUCCAGGACCAUCGCCUCCACCAUCAGGUUUCCCCGAAAGUCCAGGAUAUGGAAGCAAGCGCCCCACAAGACCCAGGCCACCGGCUACAGGAGGACGGCCACUACCACCUGGACCACUUCCUCCUGUUCCCCCACCACUUCCGAAUGUCCCUGAACCAACAAGGCCAGAAAUACCACAGCCUGUACCACAACCAUUCCCUGAAGCACCUGGUUAUGGGCAGGGUAGACCAAGGCCAACACCCAGGCCACAACCUCGCCCUCAGGCCCCUGGUCCGGCGCCACCUUUCAGACCACAGGGACCAACCCAGGUUAGACCACAAGUACCGCCAAAGAGGCCAUCAGGAACAGCCCUCUUCGGUGAGCCUGGAGAGCCAUCCCCUAGGCCACCAAGACCAAGACCUGGACCAGGUGCCGGUCCACAACCCCCAUCACCAGAACCAUUCCCGGAAGAACCAGGUUAUGGUUCGAAACGACCAAGGCCUGGAACUACGCCGUCUUCUCCAGGCCAACGACCAGGAGGAGGUGUUCUUUUUCCUGAUACCCAAACUACAGCGAGGCCUUCGGUCCCUGGAGGCAGGCCUGGCGACACUGGAGAGGGAAAGCCACCUAUACGCUUCCCUUCUCAUAAAGCGUUUCACGAAUUCCACAAUGCUCCCAUCAGAAUUCGAAAUAACGUAGGUUGAGAUGGAUAGAAUGUUCUGCACUCCAUGUCGGCACUGGUCCUAACAGCACUAUGUAUGCAUAGUGUCUCCAUAAUGUCUGGGGAACGGAUUUAGUGCCGAAGAAAACUAGUGCUAGCAAAGGUUGCUGCACACAGCUCUGCAUUACAAAGCAAGAACAUGAUGGAAAAUCACAUCAAUCACUUAUAGAAAGGAUGCAGUGCCAUCGGCGUGACCAAAUGAAACAUGUAAGAGCACUGAAGGAAAUAGCCUGUAUCGUUCCUGCUGCUGGAAGAGUCUGAUGUUUACAUGCCAUUGUAUAUUUUUGUUAAUAACUCUGUCAUUGUUUGUGAGUGAGACAUAUUUGCGGUUGUAUUUUUUCCUUGUUGCUAUAUUUAAGUUUCUUUAAUAAAGACAUACAACAGCAGGCA